AGCGGCGUUCGCACAACUUUCUGGCCCGCGCCUCCGCGAGCGCGCCUCUACUGCUCUCGCUGUGUCUACUCCCGUGCCCUUGCCGCCCCUUCUCCUUCUCUGCUGCUAGGUGGCCAGGAAGGAAGAAGCAAUUCAGGUGUCUCAACUUUUCCAGUGCCUGCGCUCCAGCCUGCUGCCUCUCAGUCAGGAUGGCUAAAGGUGACCCCAAGAAACCAAAGGGCAAGAUGUCUGCUUAUGCCUUCUUCGUGCAGACAUGCAGGGAAGAACAUAAGAAGAAAAACCCAGAGGUCCCAGUCAAUUUUGCAGAGUUUUCCAAGAAGUGCUCUGAGAGGUGGAAGACAAUGUCCGGCAAAGAGAAAUCCAAGUUUGAUGAAAUGGCAAAGGCGGAUAAAGUACGCUAUGAUCGGGAAAUGAAAGAUUAUGGACCAGCUAAAGGAGGCAAGAAGAAGAAGGACCCCAAUGCCCCCAAAAGACCACCGUCUGGAUUUUUCUUAUUCUGCUCUGAAUUCCGCCCCAAGAUCAAAUCUACAAAUCCUGGCAUCUCCAUUGGAGAUGUGGCAAAAAAGCUUGGUGAGAUGUGGAAUAACCUAAGUGACAGUGAAAAGCAGCCUUACAUUACCAAGGCUGCAAAACUGAAGGAGAAAUAUGAGAAGGAUGUUGCUGACUAUAAGUCUAAAGGGAAAUUCGAUGGCACCAAGGGUCCUGCUAAAGUUGCCCGGAAAAAGGUGGAAGAGGAAGAGGAGGAGGAGGAGGAGGAAGAAGAGGAAGAGGAGGAGGAGGAAGAUGAAUAAAAACUCUUGUCUCCUUGUGAAUACCUUAGAGUAGGAGAGCGCUGUGAUUGACACAUCUCUUAUUUGAGCUGUGUCUAUUGCCCUUGUUAGGUUUAAUUACAAGAUUUGAUCACGAUCAUAUUGUAGUUUCUCAAAGUGUCAGUGGUUUACAUGAAGUGGCCGUGGGUGUCCGGAGCGCCCUGAAACUGUAUCAAAGUUGUACAUAGCUCCAAACAUUUUUAAAAUGAAAAGGCACUCUCGUGUUCUCCUCACUCUGUGCACUUUGCUGUUGGUGUGACAAGGCAUUUGAAGAUGUUUCUGGCAUUUUGUUUUCAACUCGUAAGGUAGUGUUAACUAUAUGGUUGGUUAUUGGCUAGAAACCCUGAGUUGUCAGGUGUACAUAUCUAUAGUUUGUAAAGAAAACAAAACAACCCAGACAGAUACCUGAUGCUCCUUGUUUGGCGUGAAGGCUGUGAGGGGAAGAUGCCUUUUGGAGGGGGCCGUAGCUCAGGGCGUGCACUGUGAGGCUGGACCUGUUGAUACUGCGGUGGGCAUCCAUUUAGCUUCAGGUUGUCUUGUUUUUGUAUAUAGUGGCAUAGCAUUCUGCUGACAUUCUUAGUUGUGGAAAAGGGGGGAGGGGUCAGCUGGCAUGAGAAGUGUUUGGAUUUUUUUCUUUAGUUAAGUGCUGUAGAUUUUAAACUCUUUUUAAACAAACUGUAGAACUCAUCAUUGUCAGCAAAGCAAGGAACUACUGCAUCAAUGAAAGUUCAAGAACCCUCUGUACCUAAAUGCAAUUUGCAACAUUCUGUUAUUUUUUGUAUGUUUAGAAUGCUGAAAUGUUUUUGAAGUUAAAUAAACAGUAUUACAUUUUUAAAACUG